CACCGUAAUCAUCUCCAAACGUGAAGAAAUUUUUUUAUAGAAAAAAAGUAAAAAAAACAAAUGGGUCGAUCACCAGCUUCGCGGGCCUACCGGUAUGUCCCAUCGUUCCCGUAGGACGCAGGUUAAAAUCCAACCCCAGCCAGCCCCCUCCCCCGGGAUGCCCCAAAAUCGUACUGACGACAGGAAAAGAGAAAACGGGACGGGUACUCGGAACGUUAGAUUUGCGAAGGAGCCGGCAGUGCAGCGUGCGAUAGCUGAGUUUCACUCUGCUGACGAGGCGGCAUGAAUGGAAGCCUGGAAAAAAUGUAGAAUAGAAAAAA